ACUACCGUAAUGCCCAUGACGUGCUGUUCAGUAUGUACACUGAGCUGCAGACACAGAAGAUCAGAAUCCCUGCUGAGAUGAACACCAACCUCAUGAUCCUCCACUCAUACAUCCUGGUUAAGAUCCAUGUGAAGAGAGGGGAGCAUCUGAAAGCAGCUCGCAUGCUCAUCAGAGUUUCCAACAACAUCAGCAAAUUCCCCUCCCACAUCGUACCCAUCCUGACGUCAGCGGUGAUAGAGUGUCACCGGGCCGGUCUGAGGAACUCCUCGUUCAGCUUUGCUGCCAUGCUGAUGAGGCCAGAGUACCGUCACAAGAUAGACCCCAAGUACCGCAAGAAGAUAGAGGCUAUGGUCCGUCGUCCAGACACCAGUGAGAUAGAAGAGGAGACUAGUCCCUGUCCAUAUUGUGGUUUCACGCUUCCUCAGUGUGAACUGAUCUGUCCUGGCUGCAAGAACAACUUGCCCUACUGCAUCGCCACGGGUCAUCACAUGCUGAAAGAGGAUUGGUCAGUUUGUCCUCACUGUGAAUUCCCUGCUCUCUACUCCCAGCUCAUCCUGCUGUUGGAGACAGAGAGUGUGUGUCCCAUGUGUUCCGAGACUCUGAGUGUGAACCAGGUGGAGAAGAUGGAUGACUGUUCCAGCUACCUGCAGCCUGACCAAUCAGAGCACUGAUACAGAGAUCUCUGUGAUGUGGCCUGGUGGUGUUCUACAUAGAGGACUGCUGCUGAGGGGGAGGACGGAUCGUAAUAAUGUCUGUAACGGACCAAUGGAAGCCAUGUGUUUGAUACCAUUCCUCUCAGGACAUUACCACGAGCCCGUCCUCCCGGAUUCAGGAGCCACCAACCUCCUGUGAUAGGGGAUAGGGAGCCAGUGACAUCAUCCACUCCUCCAUGUUUCUCUACCACCUGUUAAACUGUUGAUAUAGACGUCCUCCUCCUCCAUGUUUCUCUACCACCUGUUAAACUGUUGAUAUAGACGUCCUCCUCCUCCUCCAUGUUUCUCUACCACCUGUUAAACUGUUGAUAUAGACGUCCUCCUCCUCCUCCAUGUUUCUCUACCACCUGUUAAACUGUUGAUAUAGACGUCCUCCUCCUCCUCCAUGUUUCUCUACCACCUGUUAAACUGUUGAUAUAGACGUCCUCCUCCUCCAUGUUUCUCUACCACCUGUUAAACUGUUGAUAUAGACGUCCUCCUCCUCCUCCAUGUUUCUCUACCACCUGUUAAACUGUUGAUAUAGACGUCCUCCUCCUCCAUGUUUCUCUACCACCUGUUAAACUGUUGAUAUAGACGUCCUCCUCCUCCUCCAUGUUUCUCUACCACCUGUUAAACUGUUGAUAUAGACGUCCUCCUCCUCCUCCAUGUUUCUCUACCACCUGUUAAACUGUUGAUAUAGACGUCCUCCUCCUCCUCCAUGUUUCUCUACCACCUGUUAAACUGUUGAUAUAGACGUCCUCCUCCUCCUCCAUGUUUCUCUACCACCUGUUAAACUGUUGAUAUAGACGUCCUCCUCCUCCUCCAUGUUUCUCUACCACCUGUUAAACUGUUGAUAUAGACGUCCUCCUCCUCCUCCAUGUUUCUCUACCACCUGUUAAACUGUUGAUAUAGACGUCCUCCUCCUCCUCCAUGUUUCUCUACCACCUGUUAAACUGUUGAUAUAGACGUCCUCCUCCUCCUCCAUGUUUCUCUACCACCUGUUAAACUGUUGAUAUAGACGUCCUCCUCCUCCUCCAUGUUUCUCUACCACCUGUUAAACUGUUGAUAUAGACGUCCUCCUCCUCCAUGUUUCUCUACCACCUGUUAAACUGUUGAUAUAGACGUCCUCCUCCUCCAUGUUUCUCUACCACCUGUUAAACUGUUGAUAUAGACGUCCUCCUCCUCCUCCAUGUUUCUCUACCACCUGUUAAACUGUUGAUAUAGACGUCCUCCUCCUCCUCCAUGUUUCUCUACCACCUGUUAAACUGUUGAUAUAGACGUCCUCCUCCUCCAUGUUUCUCUACCACCUGUUAAACUGUUGAUAUAGACGUCCUCCUCCUCCAUGUUUCUCUACCACCUGUUAAACUGUUGAUAUAGACGUCCUCCUCCUCCUCCAUGUUUCUCUACCACCUGUUAAACUGUUGAUAUAGACGUCCUCCUCCUCCUCCAUGUUUCUCUACCACCUGUUAAACUGUUGAUAUAGACGUCCUCCUCCUCCUCCAUGUUUCUCUACCACCUGUUAAACUGUUGAUAUAGACGUCCUCCUCCUCCUCCAUGUUUCUCUACCACCUGUUAAACUGUUGAUAUAGACGUCCUCCUCCUCCUCCAUGUUUCUCUACCACCUGUUAAACUGUUGAUAUAGACGUCCUCCUCCUCCAUGUUUCUCUACCACCUGUUAAACUGUUGAUAUAGACGUCCUCCUCCUCCUCCAUGUUUCUCUACCACCUGUUAAACUGUUGAUAUAGACGUCCUCCUCCUCCAUGUUUCUCUACCACCUGUUAAACUGUUGAUAUAGACGUCCUCCUCCUCCAUGUUUCUCUACCACCUGUUACACUGUUGAUAUAGACGUCCUCCUCCUCCAUGUUUCUCUACCACCUGUUAAACUGUUGGUAUAGACGUCCUCCUCCUCCUCCAUGUUUCUCUACCACCUGUUAAACUGUUGAUAUAGACGUCCUCCUCCUCCUCCAUGUUUCUCUACCACCUGUUAAACUGUUGAUAUAGACGUCCUCCUCCUCCUCCAUGUUUCUCUACCACCUGUUAAACUGUUGAUAUAGACGUCCUCCUCCUCCUCCAUGUUUCUCUACCACCUGUUAAACUGUUGAUAUAGACGUCCUCCUCCUCCAUGUUUCUCUACCACCUGUUAAACUGUUGAUAUAGACGUCCUCCUCCUCCAUGUUUCUCUACCACCUGUUAAACUGUUGAUAUAGACGUCCUCCUCCUCCUCCAUGUUUCUCUACCACCUGUUAAACUGUUGAUAUAGACGUCCUCCUCCUCCAUGUUUCUCUACCACCUGUUAAACUGUUGAUAUAGACGUCCUCCUCCUCCUCCAUGUUUCUCUACCACUCUACCAUCUCUACUACCACUCUACAUAUCUGCAUUGAAGCCUGUUAUCCAUUAGUUCAUUCAUGUCGACGACGUUAAAAAAUAUGAAUAUUAAAUAUAUUUUUGCUCUUGUG